CCCUCUAGCACCCUGCUCGUCCAUUCUCAUUGUCCUUGUGCGCCAUUUGUGCAGAGGGCAGCUCUGAGCGUUCUGCGCAUCGGGGACUGGGGCUUCUCGAAGCCUUAAAAGCGAUCCCAGCAGGGAGAAGUACCACCACCACUCGAGGCCAUUCCAACACAACACAGCAGUUGUGUCAGUACUGUGCUUGCUGCUCUGCUCUCUUCUUCACGUACGAUGGCCGCCUCCGCCAGCUCUUCUGCGGCCUUCUCCAUCCACGCCGUGCUCUUCGCUUCUCUCGUUUGUGCUGCCUUCCUCUUCGGUCCUGGGGAGGCUGGGGCGGCACACAGGGUGGUCGACCCCGAGUGGCACCCGGCCACGGCCACCUGGUACGGCAGCGCCAACGGCGACGGCAGCGACGGCGGCGCGUGCGGGUACGGGACGCUGGUGGACGUGGUGCCGAUGAAGGCGCGGGUGGGCGCGGUCAGCCCGGUGCUGUUCAAGGGCGGCGAGGGCUGCGGCGCCUGCUACAAAGUCCGGUGCCUCGACGCCAGCAUCUGCUCGCGCCGCGCCGUCACGGUCAUCGUCACCGACGAGUGCCCCGGCGGGGUCUGCUCGGGCGGCCGCACGCACUUCGACCUCAGCGGCGCCGCGUUCGGCCGCCUGGCCGUGGCCGGCGCCGGCGGCCAGCUGCGCAACCGGGGCGAGAUCUCGGUGGUGUUCCGCAGGACGGCGUGCAAGUACCGGGGGAAGAACAUCGCCUUCCACGUGAACGAGGGCUCGACCAGCUUCUGGCUCUCGCUCCUGGUGGAGUUCGAGGACGGCGACGGCGACAUCGGAUCCAUGCAGCUGAAGCAGGCAAACUCGGCGCAGUGGCGGGACAUGCAGCACAUCUGGGGGGCCACCUGGAGCCUGACCCCGGGCCCACUCGUCGGGCCAUUCUCCGUGAGGCUGACGACCCUGACCACCAAGCAGACCCUCACGGCCCAGGACGUCAUCCCCAAGAACUGGACCCCAAAAGGCACCUACACCUCCCGCCUCAACUUCGCGUAGAGACGGAGCCAGCCGGGCCCGCGUCUUCUCGGCCCGGGAUGUAGCAAGUUGGGCCCAUGUGGCAUCGUGUUUCCUUAGUAGUUUGCUUGUGAAGUUUGACGUGUAGUGGGUGCCUGGGUGAGCGGGCUGGUAUUAGGGCCCAGAGGGCGGGCCGAGGUAGCCCUCUCCGAAGUGGAGAGAGAGCGUGGUUGGUUGGUGUUGGGCCGCAUGCUUCCUGGAGGCUGGAAUCCCGUGUGGUUAAGAGAGGGGGAGAGGCUCCGGUGAAGAGCGGCCGGGGAACCAAAGGUGUGGCUCCUCUUGGACUCACGGUCUGUAAUCUAGUCUUACUUAUUUCUACGUGUUUUUUCAAGUUUAAGACUGUUAUUAUGACCUUGGUACAUGGGUUGUAACUUGUGAUUUGUGCACCGUAAACUAUAAUCAUGCAUCGCUCGUUCACAUUA